GAACAAACGUGCUCAAAGACCCGCCUGUCCUCGGUCAUGUUGUCAUGUUGUCGAUGAUAGGGGGUGUCACAUUCGGACUGUUCUAAGCCAAGUUAAGAUGAGCGGAUCUGCUGGUGGGGCGCCAGAAGCAUGGUUCAUGGGCGAUGAUUCAGGCCGUAACACGGCGGAAGAAUCGAACGAUGAUAAUUACUAUUCAGCUAUUGCUGCUACAGUCCAGCAUAGUGCUGCCACUUGCAGUGCAUCCUCCUCGGAACAAAACAGCCAAAUGCGCCGACAAGAAGAAAGGUUCCGCUUGUUUAUCCAAGUGCUCAUGAAAUUUCUCAAGACCAGAGAUCCUAGGGUGCAUAGUAGAGCCAAGCAAGUUAUCGAAGAAUGUGUUGCGCACCACAAACGGGGGUAUCCUGGCUAUGAAUCCGUCACGGCAUGUGUGAGUGUACACCUCAAGCCAGUUGUGGGCGAUGCCUAUUGGAAACGAGCGGAACAACAGCUCUCUCAUCAGUUAUUAUUGUUGACCCAAACAACAAAACAAAAGGAAGAAUGGAAGAAUUUGCCAUCCUCUACUGCAACCGAUACUACAUGUACUGCAACUCGGCACCCUGGUGCUCCCUCUCAACAGCAGCAACAUCAAAAUCAACAACCAGCCCCAUCGGCUCUGGAUUCAACACCAGCACAUCCUCCUCAUGAUGUGCCAUCCUCUACUUUGGCUGCCGCUGCCGUGGUCCAGCCCAUCCCUAGAGAACAGAAAUGGAAGAGGGUACAUCCAGGGGCCUCUAGCGUUGCCGUGGCUCCUGCAACUCAGCCCACUGCUAGACCUGCGGCCUCUCAAUAUCAGCAAAAUCAACAAUACCCAACGCCAUCUGUUUCUCCACCUGUACAGUAUCCACCUCAAAAUCAGCCUCGUCCCAUGGGUCCCCCUCAAAACGAAAACUUCCGCAUGUUCGUCAGGGUGCUGCUGAAACGCCUUGAGGACAGAGAUCCUAGGCUGCAUAGUAGAGCCAGGCAGCUUAUCAAGGAAUGCACUGUACGCUACAAACGAAGGGAACCUGGCUAUGAAUCUGUCACGGCUAGCGUGAGGGUGCACCUCAAGCGAGUUGUGGGUGAUGUCUAUUGGAAAAGGGCCCAAGUGACGCUUGCCCAGUUGCUCGCCAAAGAACAAAAAUAGGCUAGAGCUGCCUUGUUUUUGUCUGGAGAAGAAGGCCCAGAAAUCGUCAAGAGGAUUCGAUUCUGGCCCCAAACAUGGAAGAGUUGAUAAUGUGACUGACUCUACUUUGGCUGUUGGCUGCCAUGGUUCAGCCUAUUGCUAUGGAUCAGAGGCUGAGUAGGGAUGAUGCACUUGCGGUAGCCUCUCAAGUGGGAGAUCCAGGGAAAAUCGGAAGGGAAGCCAAGGGUACUCCUCAUUCUCACACUAUGAACAGUCCACCUAUUGAACCCUCACCCAAGAAAGGCAAAUAGAGCCUGCAAGGAGAACUGUCUUACGAUUCCAGCACAUAGCGACUGAAUGAAUUUUACUGAAACAGAAAACACACGGCAGCUGUAAUGUAACUUUUUUGGCUGGGAAGACUAUGCCUCUUUGCUCUUGGGGGAGUACGAAUGUACUUCACUGAUAAAGCUGGCUUUUAGUCCCCCAGAACAGCCACAAGCUCGGCAGCUCCCCGAGGUUAGUUGUAGGCCCCUUGAGUGUGUUUUUGAAGAAGGCAAUCUGUUGGCCACAAAGUAGCUGGGCUCUAGCUAAUCCAAAAGCCUGCUUUUGCUUCUUGUUACUCAAGUACAAGGAUCCAUUCUUGUAGUUCCUCUUUUUGAUUGGGGCACAUGUAUGUACAUGUACUUGUGGUGAUCGUUGGAGCAAGUUCUGGCUACGGAUACCGUACCAAGCUGGCAGUAGUUGAGCGCCACAGCACCUGUAGCUACCACGGUUCAUCGGUUGGUACUGGUACAUGUAGCUGGUACCAGCUUCGCUACCACGGUUCGUGGGUCGGAAGGGAGGAGCAUGUGUGAGUCCUUCUGCAGUGCCUAUGCUCGAUUGGCAACAGGUGUUUUAGACCCACGGAAGCCAGUCUACCUGUAUCUCGGGCACACGUUUCGUCCAUACAGGUAGACUGUGAGAUCUUCACGCGAUAAGUUCUUGAAUCGAUAUCUUGUGGGCUACUCGAGAGCUACUUUCAGUGACCUACAACAUCAGCUCAUGUGGACUAGCCUGUGACUGUGCCUAUGGUGCUAGAGCUAGAAGGCACACCAAGGUGGGCUUUGAAGCAGCAUUACUAGUGUUAUUGCUCUAAAGCUCACUUGGAGUGGAUCAAUUUGCAUAGGCUUUUGAUCCAUAGAACCUCCAUUUGUGUAGUCAGCCCAUUUGAAAUGUUAUG